UUGCGCAGAAAGUUAGUUUAUUGCAUAAAAUCGUAACGUUAAGAUGUAUUACUGUUUGCUACAGAUAAUUGUAAUAUUUUCAUCAUUAUAUCUUUAUCAUUUAUUAUCUACGCUAUUGUUAACAUUGCUUAUUAAUAAUGUUAUUGAUUGAUUGCGAGAGAAACUUCGAAAUAUCAGAAUGCGCCGCGAAAUUCAAAAGGAAAUUUUUGUGACAUGGCAAGAUCUUAUUUAUUUUAAUAAAGGUGUUAAAUCUUACGCUGAAUUUUAUUGAAUUUUUUAUCGAAUGAAAUAUUACUGAUAUAAAAUGACUGAUUGUCAAGAUACAGAGAAAACCAAAGAUUCUAUGGAACAUUAUACUUUUGAUGGUAAAUCUUAUAUAUAUAAAGAUCCUACAACUAAUGUUACAUACAAGUUUGAUCAAGACAAGAACGAAUGGUUGGUAAAAGAUACUGAAGAAACAAAAGAAAAAGAUUCUGGUGAUAGUGAAAUUAAGACACAAGAAGGGAUAUUUGGUUUUGAAAACGAUACCCAUACGUAUACAGAUCCUAAUGAUGGCAGUGUGUACUUUUGGGACAAAGAGAAAAAUGCCUGGUUUCCAAAGGUGGAUGAAGAUUUCAUGGCAAGAUAUCAGAUGAGUUACGGAUUUGAAGAUGCAAAUAGAGUAGAAACAAAACCUCAAGAGCAACAAUCUCAAGUGCAAGCAAAGAUCGAUAAAGAGAAAAGAAAGAUGGAAGCCAAGAAAAAAGCACAAGAGCCACCAACUUGGUUUGAAGUGGAUGAAGCUCACAAUACUGCUGUUUAUGUGUCUGGUCUACCAUUAGAUAUUACUCUGGACGAACUCACAGAGUUUUUCAACAAGUGUGGUCUCAUAGCAAGAGAUGAGAAAGGAAAGGACAGGAUCAAGUUAUACAAGGAUUCGAAUGGACAACCAAAGGGUGAUGCUCUCUGUAUCUACAUAAAGGUAAGUAAUUUGUUUAGAAUACUUAUUUUAUAACUAACUUCAUUGGAC